AUGAGCGCGCAACAAGCUCCUCUAGGGGGGCGGAUACGAGUUACCCGGAGAGCGAAGAGCACCGGAGCGCAGAUUCUUAGCCCGACGGCAUCGAUAAGGCAUCUCACACCCACGAUGGGACGAGGCGGCGGCAGCGGUGGGGGCGGUGGUGGUGGUGGUGGCGGGGAGGAUGGAGGUGGGGACGGCGGAACAACUGGGGGCGAGGACGGAGGCACUGCCGGGGGCGUGGACGGAGGUACGACUGGUGGAGUGGACGGAGGAACGACUGGGAGCGUGGACGGAGAUACGACUUGGGGUGCGGACGGAGGUAUUACUGGAGGUGCGGACGGAGGUUCAACCGGAGGUGAGAAGGGUGGUGGUGGUAAGGACAACGGCGGCGGGGAAGGUGGAGAUUCGAUAGGCGACGUAGCAGGUGGAGGUGAAGACGGAGCGACGACUGGAGGGGAGGGGUUUUCUGUUGGUGGAGGAGGAGAUACGGGUCCUUCAACUUGGGAAGAAGCCAAGGCGGCGAAUAGAAGGUUCACGAGCAGGAAAAAGGCCGUCGUGGCCGUCGUCUUGGUAGCCAUGACGAGCCUGAGGUUGGGUGAUUCAGAGGCGAUGUUCGGCUAG